GCGACCCUGACCUCUCGGCCUGCGGCUUCCCGCCCGGCGUGACCAGGUGGCUGUCUCUGCACGAUCACUGCAGUUCCCAGACGUACAGCUCGCCCUGGAAUGAGCACAGGGACCCUUUUCUGCCUGAAGAGCACUAAAUGCUGCUACCCACCUUCAUCCGAGUGCUCAGAGAGAACUUGAUGAUGGGUCUAGCUGUUCUCUGGGGUGCUCUUCCAAGGAGAUUGGGACUGCUGGAUGAACUGCAUGGAGAUUGGACCUGCUAGAUGAGCUGCAGUGUUUUGGACUGGCCUAAGGCCACACCUAGUGGUGCUCAGAGCUUACCCCUGAUUGUGUGCUCAGGGAUCUUCUGGUGAUGCUCAAGGAACCAUAUGGGAUUCCAGGAUCGAACCCAGAUGGGCCAUGUGCAAGGGGAUACUAGAUUGAUUAUGACAGCUCAAGAUCUUCCUCAGGAAGAAAUUUCUUGUCACAAGACAAUGGAAGGAUUUAAGGGAGAGGGUUUACAUUUCUCUAUUCUAGGUGAGAGCUGGGACUGUAAGAACCAGGAGGGACAUUUGAAGCAAUCAGUUUUAAGUCAGGAGAAAUCAGGGACUCAGAAAGCCAUUUGUGAAUAUCCUGGAUUUGGGGAGCAUUUCAUUGCAAACUCAGACCUUGCAACAAAUGGUUUCCAUAUAUAUAACUCAGAUAUCAAAAGUUUGGAUUGUGACCCAGUCUUGCACAAUUGUCAGAAAAGUUACACAUCUAAGAGAACUGGUGACAGUGACAACUGUGGAAAAGCCUUCAGCUAUUCUAUGGGAGUUAAUCAACUUGGAAGAAAUCAAAUGAGAGAGAAAUGUUGUAAAUACACGGAAAGUGUUGAAUCUUUCCAUUUUGCCCCUCUUGGUGAGCAAAAAACAAAUAAAGGAGGGAGGAGAUUGUUUAAAGAUAAGGAUUUUGGGAAUAUCUUUAGUCUUAGUUCAUCUCUUAAUGGAAAUAGGAGGAAUCACUCUGGAGAGAAAUUACAUAAAUGUACUGAAUGUGGCAAGUGUUUCAAACGGAAUUCUUCCCUUACUUUACAUCACCGAACUCACACUGGAGAGAAACCUUAUACCUGUAAUGAGUGUGGAAAAUCCUUCUCCAAGAACUACAAUCUGGUUGUACAUCAAAGAAUUCAUACAGGAGAGAAGCCCUAUAAAUGCAGUAAAUGUGAGAAAGCCUUUAGUGAUGGGUCUGCUCUGACACAGCACCAGAGAAUUCACACUGGGGAGAAACCUUAUGAAUGUCUAGAAUGUGGAAAAACGUUUAACCGAAAUUCAUCCCUGAUUUUGCAUCAAAGAACUCAUACAGGGGAAAAACCAUAUAGAUGUAAUGAGUGUGGGAAACCUUUCACUGAUAUAUCUCACCUCACAGUGCAUCUCAGGAUCCAUACUGGGGAGAAACCUUAUGAAUGUAGCAAAUGUGGCAAAGCUUUUCGAGAUGGUUCAUACCUCACCCAGCAUGAGAGGACGCAUACUGGAGAGAAGCCCUUUGAAUGUGUGGAGUGCGGUAAAUCCUUCAACCGUAACUCUCACCUCAUCGUGCAUCAAAAAAUCCAUUCUGGAGAGAAGCCCUAUGAGUGUAAGGAAUGUGGGAAAACUUUUAUUGAGAGUGCUUACCUUAUCAGGCACCAGAGAAUUCAUACCAGUGAGAAGCCCUAUGGUUGUAACCAGUGUCAGAAACUUUUUAGGAAUAUCGCUGGCCUAAUCCGGCACCAGAGAACUCAUACUGGUGAGAAGCCUUACGAGUGUAAUCAAUGUGGCAAAUCUUUCAGGGACAGCUCCUGUCUCAACAAGCACCAGAGAAUUCACACCAAGGAGACCCUUUAUCGAUGUUCAGAAUGCGGCAAAUCCUUCAAGCAGAACUCUCAUCUGGCAGUUCAUCAGACACUCCAUACCAGGGAAGGUUCCAGCCACUGUCUCCAGUGCGGAAAAACAUUCCAAAGGAAUUCAUCCCUCAUCCGACAUCAAAGAGUACACCUUGGCGAACAACCCACAAAAACAUAACAAAUGUGUGUCAUGCUCACUUCCCACCUGGCUCUCCUCAAAAAUAAUUUCUUCAGAAUGACUUCUUCCAGUUGGGAGAAAAGCCCAUUUGGGAACUCCUGCAGAAAAUGUAGGUGGUAAUAAAUGUGAGGGGAAAACUCUAAGGAUGAUUCCAUUUAUAGCGAAAAUAAUAGCAUGCACACCGGAUUAAACUUGUGGAUGUCAGAAGAAAUUUUCCCUGAGAUACCCACUUAUUCUUAUAACAGAAUGUUUUAAAAACUGGGAAUGUGUUUUGAUUGCUAUGUAAUUUAUAUGAGAAUUCUUUUAAUAGGUUGUAUUUACCUUUUUGUACCUGAGCAAACUCUUAAUAGGAUCAAAUUAAAUCCCUGAGGGAACCAUUUUGUAGGAACUCUUACUCUCAUUUCUACAGCAGAGCUAUUCUGGUAAAAGAUCCCACACUAUACAGCAAUGAGAGAAUUAGAAAUUUUGCUCUUUGCAUGUUUUGUUGACCAUCUUUAGAUGCUGGGGACAUGUUUCAGUUUCUUUAAAAAAUUGAAUCACAGUGAUAUACAUAUUUUCAAAGUUGUUUAUGAUUACAUUUCAGUCAUAUAAUGUUCCAGCAUUCUUCCCUUAACCAGUGUACUUUUCCCACCAUCAUUGGUCCCAGUUUACCUCCUGCCCCUGCCCCUCCCCCCUGCUACUAUGGCAGGCACUUUUUCUUUCUUUUUCCUCCUCCCCUUCCUUCCCCCUCUCCUUGCUCCCGUCCCUCUCCUGUUCUUCCCUUUCUACUCCCUUUCUUUCGCUCCCCCUCUCCUUCCCCUCCUCCGUCUCCUAUUUCUGUCUCCCCUUCUUCCUCCCUCUCCUUUUGAGCCUUAUGGUUUGCAAUAGAGAUAAUGAAAGGUUAUCAGGUAUAUCUCUGCGUACUUUCAACAUUCAGUUAGGAAUAUAUUUCAUAAUGGGCAACUGGACAAGUAUGAAUGAACAGUGAAUUUUUUCUCUUUGAAGAAGAGUGAAAGAGGCUUAUACUAAGAUGAAAAGAGCUGCCACUAAGAAAUAUGGUAUGCUGCUUUAGUUUUUAAAAAAUUCUAAGAUGUUAUGCUUGUUAUUACAUAUCCUCUUUGUUGUUGAGGAUUUUCUAAGUUGUCCUGUGUAACCAAUAUGAACUGUAAAGGUUUUGUUGCCAAGCUUGAAAAUGCUUUAACAUGGCAGACACCAACAAUACCACUUAAAAUAGAAAAUGUACUGUAACUUUAGUCAUUUAAAGAUAUGUGUACUUCUGCUGUAAAUUGGAAGUUGAUAGUGAAAAAAUAAACUUUUUUUUUAA